AUGUCUAUACAAUUUGUUGAAGAUAAACAUAUUCAAUAUGUCAUUGAACAAGAAUCACAUAGAACUUUUGAGUAUUGGUUAAGUGAACAUUUAAGGAUGAAUGGGUUGUAUUGGGGUGUAACAGCUUUAAUAACAAUGAAAAGUUUGGAUGAAAAUUUAAAUCGACAGGAUGUUAUAGAUUAUAUUUUAAGUUGUUGGGAUUCAAAAAAUGGAGCAUUUGGUUCAUUUCCAAAACAUGAUGCUCAUAUAUUAUCUACAUUAUCAGCAUUACAAGUAUUAAAAAUUUAUGAUUUAGAAUUAAAAAUGUUACUGAUACAACAAAAAUCUUCACUUGUUACAUUUAUAAAAAAUUUACAAUUGCCAAAUGGAAGUUUUCAAGGAGACAAAUUUGGUGAAGUAGAUACUAGAUUUGUGUAUACUGCAAUAUCCGCAUUAUCAUUAUUGGAUGAAUUGACACCAAAAAUUGCACAAUCUGCAAGUAAUUUUAUAAUGGAAUGUUUUAAUUUUGAUGGUGGAUUUGGUCUAUCACCUGGUGCAGAAUCUCAUGCUGCUCAAGUAUUUGUUUGUGUUGGUACAUUGGCAAUAUUAGAUAAAUUGGAUUUGAUAAGGAAUGAAACUAAAUUGGUAAAUUGGUUAAGUGAAAGGCAAGUUUUACCAAGUGGUGGAUUUAAUGGUAGACCUGAGAAAUUACCUGAUGUAUGUUAUAGUUGGUGGGUAUUAUCAUCAUUAUCAAUAUUGAAUAAAAAGCAUUGGGUUGAUUUAAAUAAAUUAGAACAAUUUAUAUUAAGUUGUCAAGAUUUAAAAGAAGGUGGAUUAAGUGAUAGACCAGAUAAUCAAACUGAUGUUUAUCAUACAUGUUUUGGAAUAACUGGAUUGAGUUUAAUCGAUCAUAAAAAAUAUGAUUUUAUAGAAAUAGAUCCAGUAUAUUGUAUGCCAAGUGAAAUAACAAAGAAUUUUAAAAAAUGGAAGAAGUAA